ACUACGACGACGUGGACAUCCCCAGCAGCUGUGACCCGGCCAGGCCCACGCUGCCAGCCGACGCUGACGUGCCGCCCCCACUGCCCCCCAAGCCCAAGUUCCGGAGCCGGUCCGAUGAGACGCCCGCCGAGGAGACGCGGCCCCAGCCUGGGGGGCAGCUCCUGCAGCGCCCCGGCACCCCGGUCUCCCUGGUGCGGUGCUCCAGCGGGCCCGUGGGGAGCCGGACCCCACACCCCACCCAGCACACCAACCCCCGCCGCUCCCACCUCUCGGCCAGCUCAGAUCCCACCCUGUGGCCCGGACCCCGGAGCGAGGAGCCCCCCGUCCUGCCCCCCAAGACAGAGAAGAAACGGAGACAGGACGGAUCCCUCUUCAAGAAGGUCUUUAACGGCUGCCCCCUGCGCAUCGCGGCCACGGCCACCUGGACGCACCCCAGCACCCAAG